AUGGCUGCUCGAACAGCCAAGAUGGAUUCUGAAAAAUGUCAGGCGCAGACGAAGAAAGGCAAUGCUUGCAAAGGAAAACCGUUGUCGGGUUUGAGUUACUGUAGAGAUCACGUUGGCCGAGCUAACCAGUCCAGGUCAAAGCUUGCUAAACUGUCGGUGCCUGGUACGGAAGCUAUCAAAGAUACGCACGAUGCAAAGAAGUCGAAUGAGAUCGUGUUGGCGUGGCAAGUUGUCGCAUCCAAAGAGCCCUCGGUGAAUAAGUCAGUAGUUAACGACCAGCUCUCACAAUCGUUUGACAUCGAAAAAUCGACCUCUGCCAACUUGGAAGCUGGCGCAACCGAAGUGGACGAUCAUUAUAGCUCAGGAAGUGAUGUAGAGGAUUUUGUGGACGCUGUACAAUACGACAAUGGAGACGAAGUUGAAGAAUCUGAGCACCUGCAACAUCUGAGAGAUGUUCUAGAGGUCAAGGACGAAGAGGUAGAGGAUGUCGUUUCAAUCGUCGAGGAGACAUUUCAAGAUGAUGAAGAAGAAAAGUCUGCUUGGGUUGUGGAAGACCAACAACUGCUCCUUCCUUGCGAUUGGCAUUGGGGCAUGAAGUUGGAAGAACGGUGGAAUGCUCUUUACUCAGUGAUGGCUCUUUGGGGAUCUCUCAAUAGGUGCGUACAAGACGUGGUCAUUAAAGAGCUCAGCAGUCUGAAGACGGAGCUGCAACGUGAGAUGCUUCGGGCAAACGCUCGCGUAUACGAAGGUAAAGCUGUCAUUGGGGGUACAAUUACUGGCUGUGUGUCAAGAUUGGAGGCGAUUCGAACCACCAAUCCGUUUGCAAUUCUGGUUGAGGAGGCUUCAGAAGUUAUGGAACCGCUCCUUGUUUCGUGCUUCGGCACAUCUACGCGAAAGUUAGAGAUGAUCGGAGAUCAUAUGCAGCUUCAGCCGUCAGUAAUGGGCCGGAUAGAUUUUGAGCGAGUCAACAAGAUGAACAUUUCGAUGUUCGAGCGAUUGAUUAGCGCUCCGCCGAGCAAUAAAGUCCCGUCUUCGGUCCUGUCGAUCCAGCGACGAAUGCGGAAAAACAUUUGCGAUCUCACACGAGCCUUUUAUACAGAGAUCACAGUGAUUGAAGAUCAUGAAGUUUGCGGAAAGAAAGUAGUUGGGAGUAAAGUGACUGGGAAUCGCGCUCUCCUUAAUGCGUGUGAAGGAGGAGGACGUGAGAUUCCUGGAAUAUCGCCGCACAUUUACUUUUGGACCCAUUCUGGCGCUCAAAAGCGAGCAUCAGUUGGUUUGUCUCGAGUAAACCAACACGAAGCGAAUAUGACGUGCAAGCUGGUGCAUUAUCUCGUGCAUUGUGGUGGAUACGCGAACGAAGUGCGUCAAUUUGUAUGCAAAGAGAAAGUGGGAGUGCCAUUGCCACGAUGUCGCCACGAGUUGGUUGUGCCUUGCCCGACAGCAGAAACGCUGAAGCGCUGGACCGGCAAAUCGUGUUCGACAUUGAACCUCAUCCAAGAAGGCGAAAUGUAUGGCCCGAAAGACUACUUUUGUAAGCAAAUUGUGACAUUCCAACGCCUCUGCGGCCACUCUGAAUCGGUUCGAUGCGAGCGAGCGUUUGAGCUCGCGCAAAAUCCAUCACGCUGCCGGGAACCCGUAGUGGUUGCAAAUCCGGAAUGUGGUCACGAUUUCUCGACAACGUGCUCUGAGGAAAAGAGCUUUCGGGAAAAGGUUGCGCAACGCUCAGGAAAAGUCGAAGACAUCACUCCACUGGAAACUGUGCACGAAGGUGACUCCAGCAAUUUCCGGAGCUAUGGACUGAAUUUCCAGUGCAGUCACGAGACGGUAUAUGUUCGACUCUGCGGUCAUAAAACAACAAUGAGGUGCAGCGAGGCGCGGCACAAUACGAGACUUUGCGAAGAACUGGUGUUAGCAAAGCUACCAAUCUGUGGGCACCCAGUGAAAAUGCUGUGUCACUUGACGAAACAUUUGAGUGCGUGGCUGCCGUGGAAGGUGCAAGCGCCAUCGGUCAAGCUGCUACGGGACGAAAACAUCGUAGACGCUACUCUUCCAAUUCCAGUGGCUCGCCCCGCAGCACUCAAGUCCGUUUUGAAGGACUGUGAAACUACUUUGGAUGCUGCGAUCAAAGAUACGAAACGUAAGUAUAGCAGCAACAGCUGGUCACCAGAGGCUACUCGUCACUUGCCAGAAGUGAGCGGUGUGACGUAUAUUGAAAUGAGCUUAGCAAGUAAGCGUGACUUUCUCAUUCGGAAAUUGAAGCUGCUCGAAAAGUUUAAGGAAAGGCUGGAUCGUGAAGCACUGUGGACUAAUCCCCUGUUUUCUCCGGUGGAAUUCACCGUGUUUGUCAUGUUAAAUCGAAAGCUGCAGGCGCGACGUAUUGACAAGUUUGAGAUGAAGGAUUUCGGAAGCCUGCAUACAUUCAGCGGUAUUGAGGUUCACGAGGCAACAAAGACACAGUUCAAACGCGUCGUGGGGACCAAAGAUUGUUGCGUGUUAUUUGGCCGCGUGUACACGGUGAAAAGCUUGAGGGAUCCAGCCGACAUUCCUAAGAAAAAAAGCAAAAAAGGCGGCAACGUUGCAAAUUGGGUGACGAUGCAGUCAUCGCGCGGGUACGACGCGCUAUACCGGGCUGCGAACGGAUGGGUUAUAUGGAGGCCGUAUGUUUUGUUUCCAGUUCAUCAGGUUGAGGUCACAGACAGCAAUCGGCUAAGCAUCUUGAAGUAUUUGCCCGAAGAGAGUCAAGCUGUCGAGCCAAAUCGUACGAUACGCUUCAACAAGACGUUUACAGGUGAGGAACUAGAAUCGAAACCAGCCGAUGCCAUGCGACUUUCUUCAGUGAUAUCUGAGAACGAUCGUGAGAAGAUACGACGGCUAGCAAGCUCGAUAAGUCCAUUGUACGAGCAGCUGAACAUAUGGCAUCCGUGGGACGGUCAAUUGCUGUCUACAGGAGCGGUCGUCGCAGUCUCGACACAAGUUGAGAGAGAUCUUGCGUCCAAGUUGAAUUUUUGUCCAAAUCGUGCUUCAAAUACGAAACAGUCGAAGUCCCCUUUUGGUGGAAUAAAGUACGUUCAAACGUUACAGAGCCGCGGUAAACUCAAGGAGGACGGAAAUUUGUUUCUGGCGUUAGAGCAUCUUGCUGUACGGAAGCAGGACACUGUGGAAGUUCGUUUGAAAUUAGAAGAGUAUGUGAGCAACCUUUGUGGCGAGGUAGAAAGCUAUGCACACCCGCUCGUCAUUGUUGCUAUCGCACGGCUCGCAUCUCGCUUAAGCCAGUCUAAUUCAUCCGACGUUCAGCAAAAACUCCUUCAGAUUUUUGCGUCGCUUUACCCAGAAGCAAGCAGCUCAUGGCUGGAUGACUCCGAGCUUCGGCUGAUGCAAACCACCGGCGGUCAAAUUGAUUUUGUCAGCUCUAUCGCUUCUGGAUCUCCGACGUUGGUGGACGAAAAAUGGGCACUGUUGAAAAGCCAAUACGGGUGCCACUCGGAUGCGAUGGAAAAGCUGCUGAAGCUGGUGGGGCUGAACAAGGUUAAACAAUCAGCGGUGAACCUGUUCAAGAACGCCCUGACACUACAGCAGUUGUCUUCGGCUCAACGCAAGAAGAACAUAAUGGCUUUCAACUAUUGCUUUGUGGGCAACCCUGGCACUGGUAAAACGACAGUCGCGCGAUUGUUUGCCAACAUCCUCAAGGAUUCGAAGAUCCGGCGCGCCAAUACUUUCGUGGAGUGCACUGCGCAGAAGUUGAAAGACGAUGGAGCCAGUGAUUUUCGAUUGAAGGUGGAACAGGCGACCGGUGGUGUUGUCUUCAUCGACGAAGCAUACGAGUUGGACCCCGCUGGUGAUUUCAAAGGUAAGCCAAUUGUGGCAGAAUUGUUGACGGCAGCAGAAGACAAGCGGGAUGACCUCUCAAUUAUUCUCGCUGGGUACGAAGACGAUAUCCAGAAGAAGUUGUACGCGUAUAACGAUGGUCUACCCUCACGUUUUCAAGAAGUUGUGUUUGAGGAUUUUGACGUGCAAGAGCUGGAGACGAUUUGGGACGCACUGGCGAACGACCGCGGGUGGCAAUACGAGAAGGCCACUGCAAAGGUAGCGUGCCGCCGCCUAGCUAAAGCUAAAGGUCGUAAAGGGUUCGGCAACGCGCGUGCUGUACGCAAGCUGUUUGAGCAAGCUGUCAAAGAGGCCAUGGCUCGUGAGGAUUUUGACGGUCAUCUCACAUUCCAUACAGUAGACUUGCUUGGAGACCGUCCUUCAACAAACAGAAAGCUUCAAGAGGUACUGAGAGAGGUUGAAGAAAAGACCGGUUGGCACAAAAUUAAGGAAGAGUUCAAAAUUCUGGUCGAAACGAGCGAUACAAAUUACGAGCGCGAGGUGAAAGGUGUGGAAACAGUUCCAGUGUGCUUCAAUCGACUCUUUUUGGGAAACCCUGGAACAGGUAAGACUACAUGUGCAGAGUACUUCGGGCGGGUGCUUCAGGCACUACGUUUCUUGAGCAAUGGUGCAGUCGUUAAAAAGACGGCGGGGGACUUCAUCGGUAGUCAUGUAGGCGAAUCACAGACAAAGACAGCGCAGAUUCUGGACAUGGCAAAGGGCAAAGUUCUCGUCAUUGACGAAGCGUACAACCUAAAUGAUAAGAUGUUCGGCAAGCAAGUGUUGGAUGUGCUGGUGGAGAAGGUUCAGGGGACGGAAUGUGACGACGUAGCUGUGCUGCUGAUAGGAUACGAACGUGAAAUGCUAGAGAUGCUGCGCACGCAGAAUCCAGGCCUGAUGCGACGAUUUCCGCCCAACCAUGCCUUCUAUUUUGAGGACUACACGGAGCAAGAACUGCUGGAUAUCUUAGAACGGAACUGUGCCAAACGAAGUGUGACGUGUCCCUAUGAAGUGGCUGAUGCAAUGCUCAAGCAAUUGGCACUUCAAAAGACUCAGCCAAAUUUUGGAAACGCUGGCGCGGUGGAGCAAUUGCUGAAGCAUGCUUUAGGUAAAGCUAUGAAUCGUCCAAUGGUUUACGGCAAGACCUUGUUGACACUGGAGGACGUGGACGUCAAAGCAAAAUGCGAAGGGGAAGCAAGCGAGCAAGAUGAUCCAUUGAAUGCACUGAAUGCAUUGUAUCGCAUGGACGACAUCAAGGAGCAAUUAACGCAGCUGCAAAAUCAAAUUAUUGUAGCGGAUCGCGAAGGCUCAGUACUGCCAGAUGUUGGUCACUUUGUCUUCCGUGGAUCGCCUGGGACAGGCAAAACUACAGUCGCUCGUGCGAUGGCAAAAAUUCUACAUGGAUUGAGGGUGCUAGCAACAACGAAACUAGUUGAAACCUCUGGACUCGAUCUCACCGCUGAAUACGUAGGGCAGACGAAGCAAAGAGUCGCGGCGAAACUUGGCGAAGCGAAAGGUGGAGUGCUAUUCAUUGAUGAAGCGUACGAACUGGGAAAGUGGACCUUUGCUGAGGAGGCGAUGACAACACUAGUGGCUGCUAUGACCGACCCUUCGUACGCGGGUCUAGUGAUCAUCAUUGCCGGCUACUCAAAGGAUAUCGACCAAAUGCUGAGUCGCAAUGUCGGUCUAAGAAGCCGCUUUCGGCGGUUUAUUGACUUUUCAGACUGGGAAGCGGAGGAUGCUGUUGAAUUCUUGACUGCGAAGGCGGAGGCUGAGAACUUUGAGGUUGAUGACGGGGCCGCAGUAAUGCUGCUACAGGUAUUUGAGGAGCUAAAAAAGCUGCGUAACUUUGGCAACGGCCGAGACGCCAUGGCCAUGUGGAAGGAGAUACUCCAACAACGUGCACAGAGAGUCGUGCGAGAGACCGAAGAAGAGCGAACUGUUACAACAGGUGAUGUUGAAAAGGCAAGUGAAGCCAUAAUGGUCGCUCGACGUGGCUGUGCUGUGCCUAGCAAAGGAACUGCGGCCACGAAAAAUCCGUUGAAGCUGCUCGAUGGUUUGUAUCGCAUGAACGAGAUCCGAGACCAACUAUCGCGUCUACAGAUGCAGAUAGCAGUGGCCGAUCGCGAAGGUUCUGCACGUCCUGAGAUCGGCCAUUUCGUCUUUCGAGGCUCUCCAGGCACUGGAAAAACAACUGUAGCUCGUGUCAUGGCGCAAAUUCUGCAUGCUAUGAGUGCAUUGUGUACAACGAAGCUCGUUGAGACCUCCGGGUUGGAACUUACCGGGGAAUACCUUGGCCAAACGAAGACUAAAGUGACGGAGAAACUUGGCGAAGCCAGGGGUGGAUUGCUGUUCAUUGAUGAAGCGUACGAUCUGGGCAAAGGACAUUAUGGAGAAGAGGCUAUGACGACGUUGGUGGCUGCGAUGACAGACCCGUCGUACGCUGGUAUGGUCAUUGUGAUUGCAGGAUACCCAAGGGACAUGGAUGUCAUGCUCAAUCGCAACGCAGGCUUGAAAAGUCGAUUCAAACGGUUCAUCGACUUUCCGGACUGGGAAGCAGAAGACGGAGUUGCGUUUUUGCGAGCGAAGGCGUUGAAAGAGGAAAUGACGCUGGAGCCUGGAGCCGAAGUAAUGCUGCUGAAGACAUUUGAAGAGUUGAAGAAGUUGGACGGCUUUGGCAAUGGACGUGAUGCUGUAGGAAUGUGGGACGAGCUAAAGCAGUGUCGUGCUCAGCGAGUGUUUACUGUGGCUGAAAUGGUGCGCACGAUCACUGCAGUGGACGCAGCCAUCGCCGGCGAGAGCAUUCUUGCAGCUCGUCGUCCGCCAGAUGGACCAAUCCUAUCGCAAUCGUCUAUCCUCCACCCUAGUGAUGGAUUAUGCAGACCCAGAGAGCAGCACGCGGAAGUGCGACCGUCGCUAUGCGAACUAUCUGAAGAUCAAGAAAGCGAAACCCACUUGCAAGCAGAGCAAAUGGUAGGGAACGAGGAGGCGCUUGAAGCGGAUGAACAGGUCGUAGAGGUGGAAGCUGCAAGAGAUGAAGAGCCAGUGGGAAACGGAAAUAUUGCGAAUGAGGAGCGGGACAUCGGCGUUUCGGACGAAGACUGGGAAGAAUUACAGCGCGCUAAGGAGGAUCAUGCUGCUCAUGUAGAUGGUCUUCGACGGGCCCGUGAACAAGCAAAAUUAGAGGAAGAACGACGUCGAGUGGAAGCGAUUCAAGCAAAAAUCCGCCAAAUCUGUCCGUGCCCCGCUGGCUAUAGCUGGUACAAGUGCGGUACCGGAUGGCGGUGUGGAGGCGGUUCUCACUUUGUGUCGGAUGCACAGCUCAACAACCAGUUUACCUGUUGA